CAGCGACUUCAGAUACCCACAAAGAUCUCUGGCGUAUUCUCGAAUUUCGCAGCACCUGCAUACGUUAUCCGUCUCAUCAAUUGAAUCCUGUAAGCACACUGCAUCGUGACCCAUGGCUUGUGUGAUUCUGACAAGCAUCAAAUUGAAAGGAUAUAGACCCCUGGACUCAGCAGAAAUCAUUGCCGUUACCGAAUAACCUGGUCUAAUUCCGAGAUCCCGGCAGACUUCUCUCGUAUACACGAUCUGUUGUAGUUGAACGUUGAACCUCCUAGCGCGGACCAUGUCUUCCUCCGCAAGUGAGACGCCAGCGAUCAUGCCACGCCAGACAAUGCGAGGUCAUACCGGACAGGUACACGGUGUUGUGCACUUGCCUGACGGACGACGCAUCAUCACAGGUUCAUCGGAUGGCUCGCUCCGAUUAUGGGACCUAAAGAGCGGUGCACAGAUAGGCGAGGAAUGGCAGGACGGGAAUAAUGGAGUGCGGUUCAUGGCGUUGUCUCCAAAUGGAAAGACAAUUACAAGCGGAAGCAGCGAUUACAGUGUGAGGUUGUGGGAUAUUGAGACGAGGAAGGUCAUUUCAAAAUGGACAGGACACACCAAUGUUGUGUUUACAUUGUGCUGGAGUGCAGAUGGUGAGCGAGUAGCGAGUGGAUCCUGGGAUGUCGACAGCGGCAAAACUAUCCUGACAAUCAAAACCGGGCACAAAUGGGUGUGGGCGGUAAUAUACUCGCCUGACUCAUCAAAACUGGCGACAGGCGGAGAUGGGGAAGUGUGCAGUAAAAAUCUGGGAUGCAAAGACAGAUCAUCCACCAUGCUUGAAGGUCAUGGCAUCGGCUCUGUCGACGUCAUCUCCUUGUCUCAGAACAACCGUUUCCUUGCAAGUGUAUCAUGGGAUAAAACAGCGCGUCUAUGGAAUCUCGACACCAACCUCCCAGUCGGACCACCCCUCAAGCAUGAAGAUUUUUUGCACUGCGCAGCCCUUUCCACUGAUGGAAAGGUGCUAGUCACUGCUUGUAAAAACGGCAACGCGUACAAAUGGGACGUUCACGCCAUCCUCAAAACAUCCGGCCUUGAAGAUCUCCUCCCGUCUAUUCCUAACGUCCCAACUCGAAAAUCGUUGAUGAACAGCAAUGCUACGCAACAUCCACCUAUUCAAGCCCGUCGACUACCACAAAACUUUUUCGACGGCGUGCAAAAUGGUGCUCAGUCCUCUGCAGUACGCGGUACUCAUAGUCGUUCUCCUGCACAAUACCCUCGCAGUACUCGGGCAUUCCUUCUCGAACGCUGGUCGUCAUUGUUCCGCCACUCUCCCUCCGAUGCCGAUGGAGCAAUUGCACUCCAGCAACGCCCCAGGGGGUCCAUCUUCUCUCGCGGUCCUCCUAUUGUCGAAGUUCCUACAGUACAAGACAGAAAGGCUUUGUAUGUUGCUCGGCCGGCACAGAACACACAGCAGCAAACCCAAUCGCACGGCCAGGGAUCGCCCACGGCACCGCCUGUUCCAGGUACUAAUACUGUUACGCCAGAUGCAAGACCUGCGCGUUCACGACUUGUACGAUUGUUGGCUCAUCUCGUGCUCUUUCUCUGCUGCGCAUCCCCUCAACACACCGGUGGCAAUUCACACCCAACACAACAGCAACCACAAGGCCAAGCACAGACCCAUGCCACAUCGUCGCAAACACAGAACCAGCAAGGUCAAUCGCAAGGUCAAUCGCAGGCUCAGGCGUCAUCAUCGCAGACGCAGCCUGCUGCCCCCUCCACGUCUGCGACACCUACUGCUCUUAACGCUCAUACUACUGCGCCAGCUGCACACAGUGGGCAGCCACGUCCCCUUCCGUUGCGGACCCGUUUCGUUCUUUUUCUCUGUUGUGCAUCUCUCCCGCAUACAGACGGGCAUUAA